CUGAAUGAUCUGGCUCGUGACCCUCCAGCACAGUGCUCAGCAGGACCAGUGGGAGAUGACAUGUUUCACUGGCAAGCCACGAUCAUGGGACCUAAUGACAGUCCAUACCAGGGGGGCGUUUUCUUCCUGACCAUUCAUUUCCCCACAGACUAUCCUUUCAAACCCCCUAAGUUAGCGUUUACCACAAGAAUUUACCACCCCAAUAUUAACAGUAACGGCAGUAUCUGUUUGGAUAUUCUCAGAUCACAGUGGUCGCCGGCUUUAACUAUUUCUAAAGUUCUGCUCUCCAUUUGCUCCCUGUUAUGUGAUCCCAACCCAGACGACCCUCUAGUACCAGAGAUCGCACGCAUCUAUAAAGCAGAUAGUGACAAAUACAGCAGAAUAGCAAGAGAAUGGACGCAGAAAUACGCCAUGUGAUGACUGGUCUGAACGGAUCAUCGGAAGGACAACGUCGUUGUAGCUGGAGUCAACUUCAAUUGCUUGUUUUCAUUAUUUUGUUCAUUUUGUUAUUGAAUUAGACUCAUUUUGCCCCCAUUUUCACUCCUUCAUUUAUGUGCUAUUAAAAAGAUAGUGUUUGUUGCUCGGACAGUCAACGUGUGUACUAGUUUAAUUUAAGUGCGGGAAAAAGUCUUUCAUGGGUUCUGAACUCUUCAUGUUGAGCAUGCAACAACAGUAUACGGCCGUGCCGACUGGCCUCUUGGUUAUCAGACUAAACCACUAGACUGCGUUCCAUCCAUGUUGUUCUGAGGACGUUGAAGACACCUGACCAAACCGGAAAGACGUGUCUCUUCAGGAUACACCAACUGGUGUGUGUGAUGUUGUUGGCUGUGUCUGAAGUGGCAGUCUAUUCCCUAUUUACACUACUUUUAACAGGGAAUAUCCCUGUGGAUCCUGGUCUACUAGGGGAAUAUCCCUGUGGAUCCCGGUCUAUUAGGGGAAUAUCCCUGUGGAUCCCGGUCUACUAGGGGAAUAUCCCUGUGGAUCCUGGUCUACUAGGGGAAUAUCCCUGUGGGUCCCGGUCUACUAGGGGAAUAUCCCUGUGGAUCCUGGUCUACUAGGGGAAUAUCCCUGAGGAUCCUGGUCUACUAGGGGAAUAUCCCUGUGGGUCCCGGUCUACUAGGGGAAUAUCCUGGUCUACUAGGGGAACAUCCCUGUGGAUCCCUGUCUACUAGGGGAAUAUCCCUGAGGGUCCUGGUCUACUAGGGGAAUAUCCCUGUGGGUCUUGGUCUACUAGGGGAAUAUCCCUGUGGGUCCUGGUCUACUAGGGGAAUAUCCCUGUGGAUCCUGGUCUACUAGGGGAAUAUCCCUGUGGAUCCCGGUCUACUAGGGGAAUAUCCCUGUGGGUCCCGGUCUACUAGGGGAAUAUCCCUGUGGAUCCCGGUCUACUAGGGGAAUAUCCCUGUGGAUCCCGGUCUACUAGGGGAAUAUCCCUGUUGGUCCCGGUCUACUAGGGGAAUAUCCUGGUCUACUAGGGGAAUAUCCCUGUGGAUCCUGGUCUACUAGGGGAAUAUCCCUGUGGAUCCCGGUCUACUAGGGGAAUAUCCCUGUGGGUCCCGGUCUACUAGGGGAAUAUCCCUGUGGAUCCUGUUCUACUAGGGGAAUAUCCCUGUGGAUCCUGGUCUACUAGGGGGAUAUCCCUGUGGGUCCCGGUCUACUAGGGGAAUAUCCCUGUGGAUCCCGGUCUACUAGGUGAAUAUCCCUGUGGAUCCCGGUCUACUAGGGGAAUAUCCCUGUGGAUCCUGGUCUACUAGGGGAAUAUCCCUGUGGAUCCUGGUCUACUAGGGGAAUAUCCCUGUGGAUCCCGGUCUACUAGGGGAAUAUCCCUGUGGGUCCCGGUCUACUAGGGGAAUAUCCCUGUUGGUCCUGGUCUACUAGGGGAAUAUCCCUGUGGAUCCUGGUCUACUAGGGGAAUAUCCCUGUUGAUCCCGGUCUACUAGUGGAAUAUCCCGGUCUACUAGGGGAAUAUCCCUGUGGAUCCUGGUCUACUAGGGGAAUAUCCCUGUGGAUCCCGGUCUAGGGGAAUAUCCUUGUGGAUCCCGGUCUACUAGGGGAAUAUCCCUGUGGAUCCCGGUCUACUAGGGGAAUAUCCCUGUGGAUCCCGGUCUACUAGGGGAAUAUCCCUGUGGAUCCCGGUCUACUAGGGGAAUAUCCCUGUGGAUCCCGGUCUACUAGGGGAAUAUCCCUGUGGAUCCCGGUCUACUAGGGGAAUAUCCCUGUGGAUCCCGGUCUACUAGGGGAAUAUCCUUGUGGAUCCCGGUCUACUAGGGGAAUAUCCCUGUGGAUCCCGGUCUAUUAGGGAAUAUCCCUGUGGAUCCCGGUCUACUAGGGGAAUAUCCUUGUGGAUCCCGGUCUACUAGGGGAAUAUCCUUGUGGAUCCCGGUCUACUAGGGGAAUAUCCCUGUGGAUCCCGGUCUACUAGGGGAAUAUCCCUGUGGAUCCCGGUCUACUAGGGGAAUAUCCCUGUGGAUCCCGGUCUACUAGGGGAAUAUCCCUGUGGAUCAAGGUCUACUAGGGGAAUAUCCCUGUGGAUCCCGGUCUACUAGGGGAACAUCCCUGUGGAUCCCGGUCUACUAGGGGAAUAUCCCUGUGGAUCCCGGUCUACUAGGGGAAUAUCCCUGUGGAUCCCGGUCUACUAGGGGAAUAUCCCUGUGGGUCCCGGUCUACUAGGGGAAUAUCCCUGUGGGUCCCGGUCUACUAGGGGAAUAUCCCUGUGGGUCCCGGUCUACUAGGGGAAUAUCCCUGUGGGUCCCGGUCUACUAGGGGAAUAUCCCUGUGGGUCCCGGUCUACUAGGGGAAUAUCCCUGUGGGUCCCGGUCUACUAGGGGAAUAUCCCUGUGGAUCCCGGUCUAAAGUAGUGCAUUUUAUCAAGAAUUCGAUGCCCUUUCGAUGGCAGCAGUGUUAUGCUUUUUAAUAUUGUUUGCGACACAUGGGCCUGAGAGAAUAUUUACCACCUCAUAUCCAAAUGUGUGAACAGACAAACAAAUGCUGCUCGGUAUGUCAACAACAAACAAAAAAAGAAAUGUAAUGUAUUUGAUGCAUGUUAUAGGAAUAGGUUGGAUGUUACCCAUAGGAAGUGGAUACAAAGAGCAAAUGGGGAAAUUAUUCAAUGAAAGCUUUCUAUCUUUGAUGCUUAUUAUUUUAUGUUUUUUAGAAGUUGAGAGCUUAUAGUUAGGUCGCCUACCUAAACACUGUCUCGUAACCCUGAGACGUGACGCAGAGCUAUUGGUUCAACUAUCUACUGGUGCCUCUGGCGUCUUGGUUUUUUGUUGUUGAGUUUUCCCCAUCAAUAAAGGUAAAUCAUAAACACUU